AUGGAACCAACCAAAGAAACCAAGUCCAGCGGAGACCAGCAGCGAAUAUAUCUACUCAGCCCGUGUAAACACUUCCAAGUUCCCCAAUUGCAUCUUGCAGCUCUAACCACUGCAAAAAGCAGUGACAAUCCCAGUACCACCUGCGAGCGGUAUACCCAGCUCUUGCACGAGUACAACGAUAUUAAAGAUGUUGGACAGGGGUUGAUGGGACUUAUUGCUGAUGCGAGGGGAGUGAGGCAGAUUGAGGUGGAGAAGGAGCUCGGGGUUUCGGAGGAGGACUGA